CUUGCACGGUCGGACUCCACAAGCCCUGCGCCUCGCUUCAUUCAUUCUGAGACAAGUAAUGGAAUCACGGGAAGACGCUCCGACGUGUGCUUUCAAUUCAUUCGCUUCAAGAAGCCAACACAAUCCCAGCUCAGUAGUGCAGAGUUGGGGUACUGCUGUGCGAGUAGUGCCUGGGAUACUUGGAUGUGACUGGGACCUGGUGAUACGUCUGAUCGAC